GCUCAAGAGUGUUACAUUGCUUUCCUGAAAACCACUGUUUCCUUUCCCUGCUUGAGGUCAAAAUCUCAGAAGUCCCACAAAAUGUGUGAGGCAUUUGUAGGAACUUGGAAGCUUAUUUCCAGUGAAAACUUUGAUGAAUACAUGAAAGAAGUGGGAGUGGGUUUUGCCACCAGAAAAGUGGCAGGCAUGGCUAAACCCAGUAUGGUCAUCAGUGUGCAAGGAGAUGUGAUCACCAUUAAAUCAGAAAGUACUUUUAAAAAUACUGAGAUUUCCUUCAAAUUGGGCCAGGAAUUUGAUGAAGUCACUGCAGAUGACAGAAAAGUCAAGAGUCUCAUAACCUUAAAUGAUGGUGCACUGGUUCAGGUGCAGAAAUGGAAUGGAAAAUCAACCACAAUAACAAGAAAACUAGUGGAUGGUAAAAUUGUGGUGGAAUGUGUCAUGAAAGAUGUCGUUUCCACUAGACUCUAUGAAAAAGUAUGAACUGACUUCUCAAUGAGCCAAAGCCUGCCAAACUGUGUGUGUGUUGUUUAAAUGAAUAUGGUUCUCCCUGACUACAUUGGGAGAAAUUCUAUUUGCAAAGCAUUUAUUUACUCCUUUCUGUUUUAUUGAUUCAGUAAACAUCUUUAACAUUAAAAUACAUUCAUGGAUACUUUGUUCAGUGUGGAAUAGCAUAAGAACUAUGACCUCUCUUGAUAUUUUAAAAUAAAAUUUCUCAUGGAAAAUC